UCUUCAGUCGCCUGCGCCACACUCCCAUUGGAGCACGAGACCACACUGGCACACAUCCCACAGCCACCAGGAGCCGGCCGCCACCAUGGAAAAAACCAGCAGCUCCUCCAUGGCCUCCCCAGUCCGCUCACCGCCACCGGAGCCGGCCGCGGAGGCACAACCACCUCCUCCUUCUUCGCCCCCAUCACAGCUUCCGGCUACCGACCCCUUUCGCCUCUCGCCGGAUAACCCAACCCCAACUCAUCCCCUUCCUGCUGCACCUACAACUACUGCUCCGGCGCCAUCUACCGGCCCCUUUCGCCUCUCGCCGGAUAACCCAACCCCAGCUCCUCCCCUUCCUGCUGCACCUACAACUACUGCUCCGGCGCCAUCUACCGGCCCCUCUCGCCUCUCGCCGGAUAACCCAACCCCAGCUCCUCCCCUUCCUGCUGCACCUACAACUACUGCUCCGGCGCCAUCUACCGGCCCCUUUCGCCUCUCGCCGGAUAACCCAACCCCAGCUCCUCCCCUUCCUGCUGCACCUACAACUACUGCUCCGGCGCCAUCUACCGGCCCCUCUCGCCUCUCGCCGGAUAACCCAACCCCAGCUCCUCCCCUUCCUGCUGCACCUACAACUACUGCUCCGGCGCCAUCUACCGACCCCUUUCGCCUCUCGCCGGACAAUCCAACCCCAGCUCCUCCCCUUCCUGCUGCACCAACAAUUACUGCUCCGCCGCCGGAUGGCGCCGGCGAUUCCUCUCCACCAUGUCCUCCCUCGCCUCCAAAGGCUCCAACGCAUCCACCUCUUUCCACCGCCGAUCCUUCUGCUCCCCUCCCUCGUGGGAACCAAACAUCCGCGCCGCGGCGGACACCCCCGCCUCCUCCCGCUCGCGCUCCCGCUCCAGCAGCACCACCUCCACCAGCACCGGCGUCUCCGGAAGCUAAGCCGGUGCAGGAGGCAGAUGAAGCGCCCGGCGGAUCGGAGAACAUGGCGCUAGCCCUUGCGCUAACCCAAAACGAAGCAGUGAUGCCGCCGACGCCGCAGAAGGACGCGGUCAUGGCUGAAUCCCCGACCGGAUCUCCGCAGAAGGAGUCGGCCCUGACCGUAGCGAAGCUCCUCUCGGCCGAGGACCCCGCGGCAACGGAGGCCAAGCCGGCCGCCGACAAGGUAGCACCUGCGGUAGUCACCGAGUCAGUCGCCGGCGGCGGCGGGGGCGGAGGUGGAGGCGGAGGCAAAGUCGGAGUGGGCUCCAAGAGAUGGCUCCUUAGAGGGGUCCCAGAUAGAGUACGGCUCACGGAGCUGAAGAGGGCUGAGCUAGGGUUUAGGGUUUCAGCUGCCGUGUUCUGCUUGAUCUCGGUCUCCGUCAUGUCGUCUGGCACUACGCCGGGCUGGGCUGGUGACUCCUUCCGCCGCUACAACGAAUACAGGUACACGCUUGCUGCGAGCGUGAUGGCUUUUACAUACUCGGGGUUCCAAUUAGUUGCAGAAGUGCACUACCUUGUCACAGGGAGGCGCAUAAUUGGAGGCCCCUGGGGGAACUACUUCAAUCUCGCCAUGGAUCAGGUAUUGGCUUACCUGCUGCUGUCAGCAUCUUCAGCAGCGCUUUCUCGCAAUGAUGUGUGGGUGUCAAGAUUUGGCGUGGAUCAAUUUGCCAAACUUAUCAAUGCCUCAGGCUCAAUGGCGUUCUUAGCUUUCAUUGCUCUUGGUCUGAGCUCCAUCAUCUCUGCUCAUCGUGUAUUCAGCUCAAUCCCUUAAACCUGUGGUGUGCAUUACUGAUGUAAAUAUUAUGCUCUAGAUGUACGUUGGCAUGCCGCCCGUGCCGCCCUUUUUCUCUGCAACUUAUGUUCCUGGUUGUGUCGCAACCAUACAUUAAAUUCAAGACAGACUGUUCAAACACGGGUGGAUGUAAAGUAUAUAAGCUUACUAACUUGGGGACCUAUGAUUCUGUAAUAAAAUGUUAUAGAGCCCCAGGGGAUUAAAAGGCGUAAUGGGUGGCCACUGCAGUGUCAAUGAUAUGUUCCUGUAUGUGGUGAAAUUUUCCAUUGA